CACAUCUGUCCUCUACUUGCCAUUCAUGGCUCACUUCAAGUCCAAGUAUUUGAUGUCUUAUCUGAUCGGUCAGGGCUUGAGUGGACUCAUCCCCAGUAUUGUGGCCAUCAUUCAGGGAAUUGGAGGCAAUCCUGAAUGUGUUGCGCCGACAGCCGGAGCUAAUACAACGGUCGCGCACUACCCGGAGCCGAGAUUCUCUGUCAGCGUAUUCUUUAUAUUCUUAUUGGUUAUGGUUUUGUUGAGUUGGUUUGCAUUCGUAUUACUCAAUCAUCUGAAGGCCUGUCAAUCAGAACGGGUCACACAUAAGGACGACUCGGAAGUGGAGAAUCAGUUGAAAGCGGUGACCGAAACCGUCAGAUCGGACUCGAGUUCAGAUAAGGGUUCCGAUGAAUUGCAACUCAAUUCCGAGUCUUUUCUGAACCGAAGUAAUGAUCGAAACAUAAGCCGAAAUGCAUUCGCCGGUCUUCUCUUAACUCAGGCCUACAUCUGUGCCCUCACUAAUGGAGUUCUUCCCAGUAUUCAAAGCUAUAGUUGUCUGCCUUAUGGAAACACUGCCUACCAUUUGACAGUCACUCUGUCUUCAAUGGCGAACCCAAUCGCCUGUUUUGUUGCCUUUUAUAUGAGCGCUUCAGUCAUCAAGAAGACACUUCCGGCUGUCGUCGGUGUGGGAACUCUUUGUGCCGUUUAUAUCAUAGUGACCGCAGUCAUGAGCCCAACCCCUCCUUUGCAAGACUCGACGUCCGGCAAAGUACUAGUGAUUAUUGUUUGGAUAGCAUUCACAUCCCUGUUCUCGUACUCCCGCGCAUGCAUUGCGACCAUUCUUCGCAAUACAAGUACUGGUCAUAAAUCGCUGUUCUUUUGCGGAGUCUUCACGCAAAUUGGUUCCACAAUUGGAGCCGUUUUUAUGUUUAUUUUAACCAAUUUUACCGCUAUUUUUGUCCCAUUCUUUCCCUGCAAAUAAUGGUUUAAUUGUUUUAUAUGUACUUAAUUUUAAUUAUUUAUUAGCCAAUAGUUGAUGUGA